AUGAUCAUGAAGAAACAUUAUGUAUAUAACCAAGGCAAGAAAUUCUUCAGCUGUCUUUGGUUUUCAACUUCUCCAAAACUGCGAGCCAUCCUGGGCACUGAUUCUGGAAACCAGAUUAGUCUGUUUCAGAGUACCUUGAUGGCUAGGUUGCAAAGGCAUGGCCAAACAGAUAUUGUUGUAUACAAUCCAUUUGCAGAUGGUAACCAUCGAAUCGUAUCAGGUUGCAGGCUGUUAGGGGAGUAA